AUGAGUGUUCAAGUUGAUUUAAAAGGUGAAAUGACUCCUGUUGUAGUAAGCAAAGAACUAGAUGAAGAUGAUGAAAACAACGAAUCAAGUGAUGAAUCAAUGCCACUUAAAGUACCAACAGAAACAAAUGAAACACAUAUACUAAAACCAGAAGUUAAAAAAAAGUUGACUCUUAGAGAAAGAUUAAAAGAAAUAAAAGCCAAUACAACAGUUGAACCAAUAAUGGCUUGCUACGUCAUGCCCAGUGUUCUUGCGUCUUUAGCAGUCCAAAAUUUAAAUUUAGAAAAAGCCUGUAGGGUUAAUUUGAAUUUUACUGAUGAAGUUUGUACUGCAUUAAGUUUGAGACAAACAGAAAAUUAUACCCUCUAUGAGGACGAGGUUCAAAGACUGAUUGCCAGAGUCCAAGCUUGGAAGAACAUUGUUCAGACUGCUAUUCCUGUUUACUAA